AUGUCUUUAAUUUUAUCUGGUCUUUUGUUUCUUUCCUCUUUCGUACCACGCAUAACCAAUCCCCAAAAUGGUGGUAACAGCAAUACGGAGCCCGAUGUUGGCGGGCAAAUCUUUGACUUCAUUAUUGUGGGCGGAGGACUAACUGGACUCACUGUUGCCAACCGGCUUAGUGAAGACUCGGGCCGCACUGUGCUCGUAAUAGAAAAUGGGUACGCGGUUGAUGAUAUUUCAACGCGAGUACCCAGCUUCGCAAACAGCGUGAACAAACCGCUCAUGUACGAUAUUACUUCAGCAUAUGACACAAACACUGGUAGUUCACACCCCGUCUGGGUAGGGAACGUUCUGGGCGGAGGGUCAGUCGUCAAUGGCAUGGCCUUUGACCGUGCAUCUGCUGCCGACUACGAUGCUUGGGAACAACUAGGUAACAACGGAUGGAACUUCAACAAUCUCCUGUACUACUUCAAAAAAUCAACGACUUUCACACCGCCAACCGACUCCAAUGUCAAAGAGUUUGGCACCACAUACGACGCAUCGUACUACGGCACCAACGGCCCCAUCCAGGCUUCCUUCCCCAAAUUCGAGUAUCAAGACACCAAGACAAUCUGGGCGGCCUACAAGAGGGCUGGUGUGCCCUUGCCAAAGGAGCAAGGUUCAGGCAAAGCUGUAGGCGCGUUCUGGAUACCCACUGCUCUGCGACCCAAGACACAAACACGGUCUCACGCAAAGAAUGAAUACUAUGAUCCUAUCAAGAGCCGCAAGAACCUCGUAGUCAUCACCGGAAAUACCGUAAAUGAGAUUCUCUUCAACAGCGGUCUCUUGACCGGACUCACAGCUAGCGGCGUCCAAUACAAGUCGCGCAGGGAUGGCUCUGUUAAAAGGGUGUACGCUAGGAAUGAGGUGAUCAUGGCGGCUGGCGCAGUCUUUACGCCUCAAUUGCUUCAGCUCAGUGGCAUUGGCCCUAGGGACGUGCUCAGUGCCGCUGGUGUACCAGUGAAGAAGCAUAUGCCAGCCGUCGGUGCCAACAUGCAGGAUCACCCCAACGCCAACAUGAUGUUCGAUCUGCAAAACCUCGCUUUCCCAAACCCUUUCAGCGGCGCCAACCCGGACUUCAACACUACGGUGUGGUCUGAAUAUGAUAGCACCGCCAGUGGACCUCUCACUCAGGCCCAUGGCAGCAGCUUGGCUUUUUUGAGUCUGCAGACCAUCACGGACAAAUGUAACGAAAUUGUACAGACAGUAAAGUCGCAAGAUGUGCGCAGCUACCUCCCUGCUGUCUAUGGCGACUAUUACCUCUUGCGCGGAUUCCAAAAGCAACGCGACAUCAUUGCCAACCUCCACGCCAGUCCUGAUGCUGCCGUCGCCGAGUUCCCCAUGGUCCCUUUCGGUCUCGCCAUCAACGCCCUGCAGCGUCCGCUUUCUCGCGGCACAAUCACACUCAACCCAAAGAACAAGUACGGAAACCCCGUUGUCCAGUUCAACUCUCUGCAAAAUCCCGUCGACCGCCAAAUCAUUCUUGCAAUGGUCCGGUGGACGCGCAACCACUGGACGAGCCCCGAUCUCGCCAAAUUCUCCCCCGUCGAACUCUCACCCGGUGCUCAAGCGCAGACAGACGACGAGAUAAUCAACGAUCUCAUCGGGCAAAAUGGGCUUCAAGCCUCUUUUGCACACAUGUCUGGUAGCUGCUCGAUGAUGCCAGAAGCGUAUGGCGGCUGUGUGAGCAGCGAUCUUACCGUGUACGGUAUCAAGGGUCUCAGCAUCGUAGAUGCAAGUAUCAUUCCACUGAUCCCCGCAACACACUUGCAAUCCACAAUGUAUGCUGUUGCAGAGAAGGCAGCAGAUCUCAUCAAGAACAGGCAUUCUUUUAAUAUUCUGGAUCCCUUCUCCAUCUUCAAGGCGAGGAAAGUGAGUAUAUUCUAG